CCGUCGGGGACGAUCUGAGCAACCCUUCCUUCCCCCCCCGGUCACGUCUAUUUUCUGGCACCUUUAAAUCCCGUCCCUCCCUCCACCCUCCCUGCUCCUUCUGCAACUCUUCCAGCCUCACUCACUGGUGGUCCGCGGCCUUUCGUUUAUUUUCAAAUUCGCAUCACUCCUUCUGCGUCUUUGAUAGACGGCGAACUGUCCCGGUCCCUACUUGAUCCUUCUGUACUCUUCAUUUUCCGUUGGUUGAGUCUGCCGGUUCUUCCUUCCGUUCCUUUCACGCCUGAUCGUGCGGGCAAAUUUCCCGCAAUUUUGCAUCGAUUCCCAGCCAGCUGCGCCUGGACACAUCAAACCACCGACCUGCUGACAAACUCGUUGCGACUACCACCGACACACCGCACUGCUAGUGCUUAUCUACGCCACACGCAUAACACAACUGGAAGAGAAACCACCACAUACUGCCGCACGAAGACGUGCGCAUCGGCGUCAUGUUUUCCAACGCAAUUCUCGCUCUGGCCGCCGCCAGUCUCGCUGGACACGCAGUCGCUCUCGGCCCUCGCCAGCAUGUUCACCAACAUCUCCACAACAACAAGAGGGCCUUGGUUACUGAGUUGGUCACGGUGACGGACUGGGUCACGGUCACGGUCGGCGACAAGUCUACUACCUCGAGCGCUCGCGAAUUUCUUGCUCAGACCCGCCAAGUCCGCUCUAGCUCGUCGAGUUCCAGUUCCAGCGUUGUCGCACCUCCUUCCCCGCCCGUCGUCGCUCCUACCCCGACUACUAUCAUUACCCAGGUAAAGAGCUCGGCUGCUAGCAGCGUCGCCCCCGUCGCCAAACAGCCCGAGGCCGCUGCUGCCGCUCCAUCUCCGUCCACCCCGGCCCCGGCUGCUAGCCGCGCGGCCCAGGCUCCUCCGGCUGUGGUUAAACCUGCCGCGACUUCUGCCGCUGCGGCAACCCCCGCCGCGACACCCGCUGCCGCCCCCGCUUCUGGCGGUCUGCAGCGCGGUCUUGUUUACAACGACCAUACCUUACUCCCGCGCUUCCUCACAUCCGGCACCAAGGCCACAUGGACCUACAACUGGGGUCAAGGUGACGACUCCGGCGUCGGGCUCGAAUUCGUGCCCAUGCUUUGGUCUACGAGCAAGGGCUUCCCCGCAACCUGGCCCGCAAACGCCGCAAAGGCUAUCAGUGCUGGCAGCAAGUGCGUCCUCAGCUUCAAUGAGCCCGACCUGCCCAGUCAGGCCGACCUGUCGCCAGCAGACGCUGCUGCUGCUCACAUCCAGUUGAUGAACCCCCUGUCUGGGAAGGUCCGGAUCGGUUCUCCGGCCAUCACCAACAGCCAAGAAGCAGGCCAGGGUAUUAAGUGGCUUACGGCUUUCCUUACCGCUUGCAAUGGCCAAUGCAAGAUCGAUUUCACUGCCAUCCACAUCUAUGGCGUACCGCCCGACGUCUUCCUUGCUCACAUCUUGGAGGCUCACGCCGCGGCCAAGACGAACAUCUGGAUCACCGAGUUCGGCUUCCCCGGCUCGCCGGAUGAUGUUAACAAGUCCCUCCAGACGGUCCUGAAGCAAUUGGAGACCAACGCGACCUUUUCCUUUGUUGAGCGGGCCUCGUUCUUCAUGGUGAGCGACGGCCUGCUCGCGCAGGGUGGCGGUGUUAGCACAUUAGGCCAAACGUUUGCCUUUGGUGCUUAGGCGAUUUCGCGUUUACCAGUGUGGAUAUCUGGCGGGACAUUUAGCGUCGCUUAUUUUUCGAUGGGAUUGUUGGAACACUUUGCACCACUCUAUGGUUGGCUUGGUCUGGGGUACUUUCUGCCUUCUGGGUAUAUCCUGUUUCUGAAGGAGGAGGAGCACGUGGAUGGCAACGAUUUUGCUAUAUCUUCACUUCACUUGUACAUGUGUUUUUCUGUCUUGUUCCAUUCGGCAUGCACACGCACAGCACGAAACCCGUGUACCGACAAGCCAAAAAUGAUGGGUUGGUUGGAGCGUUUCUCUUCGUUUCCCGUCGCUGCCGCGCCCGCCCUGAGGUGUCUUUGGAUUUCUCACGGGCGCUGCUGGGCUUGGGACCUUGUAUUGGUAACCUUUGAUGAUUAUGAUUGCGCGGGCAAAAGGUGUCGGUACAGACACAUACAGGAAAUGGAAAUCACGGAUAGAUUUUCACGA